CUUUAAAAAAUACAGAUUUUUCUAACAAAAAACUGCUUCAACCGCCGACCAGAGAUGCGAUCAUGGUGUACUCCAACCGCGGAGCAGAGAUGCGAUCAUGGUGUACUCCGGCAUGUUCACCACCACGUUAUUAGUUAGCAGCGUGACGCCAUUUCUCAACUAUGCAACCAGUAGAAGCGUACGAUUUAACAACAUAAUAUUUAAAUGAUUCUGCAAUUUGAAAUAAGAAAUAAUGGCUCAAAGCUAAACCCCAUUGAAAGAGUAUCAAGCCAUUCAAGAAGCUAACAUGCAAGAAGGGACAAAUGAUUACCUGGAUAAACGAAUCUUUAUAAAUCAACAUAUAAACUAACUCAAGAAUGUAGGUCCAGAAAGCAAUGUGUAUCUUUUUUAUAAAUGAACAUCAAAACAAUUUAGGACCAGAAAGCAAUGGGUAUAUAUAAAUAUAUGUAUAUAAUUCAGAGUAAGUAUGAUUAUAAGAAAUCUUAUAAAUAAGCCUUGAUCUAGGAAACAGUCAGCAUAAUAGUAGCCAAUGACAAUGGUUGAUGUGCAAAACUGCACUAUACUCUUCUUGGCUUGGCUAGCCUCCAUUGCCUUGUUUCGAACCAUCUGGACCAAGCUGAAGGCGAGGGCUCAACUUCCACCUGGUCCGCGACCCCUACCCAUCAUCGGAAACCAACAUCUCCUCCGCCCAAUAGCUCAUCAAGCUCUUCACAAACUAUCCCUAAACUAUGGACCCUUGAUGUGUCUCUUCUUUGGCUCAAAACCUUGUGUUGUUGUAUCCUCUCCGGAAAUGGCUCAAGAAGUUCUUAAAACCCAUGAAACUCUUUUCUUGAACCGACCAAACAUUGCCAACAUCGACUACCUUACAUAUGGUUCGUCUGAUUUAACAAGGGCACCUUAUGGACCUUACUGGAAGUUCAUGAAAAAGAUUUGCAUGUCUGAGCUUCUCAACGGUCAAACAGUAGAGCAGUUUCGACCAAUUAGACAGGAGGAAGUGAACCGGUUUCUGCAGCAAAUAUUGAGUAAAGCCAAAGCAGGUGAGACAUUUGAUGUAAGAACAGGGAUUGUGAGGCUGACAAGUAAUGUGAUUUCAAGGAUGGCUUUGACACAUAGGUCUUGGUUUGGCAAUUACAAGACUGAUGAGAUGAGGCAAUUAGUUGGAGAGAUGAAUGACCUUGUUGGAAAAGGUAGUUUAUUAGAUUUGAUUUGGUUUCUUAAGAAUCUGGAUUUGCAGGGAUUGCGUAAAAGACUCAAGAAUGCUCGUGAUCAGUACAACAAUGUGAUGGAAGGUAUUAUAAAAGAGUGUGAAGAGGUGAAGAGAAAAAGGAAGGAGUCCAGUAACGGAAAUAACCCAAGAAAAGAUGUACUUGAAAGCUUGCUUGAUAUUUAUGAAGAUUCGAGCUCAGAGAUUAAACUGACAAGAGAAAAUGUUAAGGCCUUAAUAAUGAACUUGCUUGGGGCAGGAACAGACUCAAUUGCCUUUGCAAUAGAAUGGGCAUUUUCAGAACUGAUCAACAAUCCAGAAGUGAUGGAAAAGGCAAGAAAAGAGAUUGAUUCUGUAGUUGGGAAAACAAGAAUUGUAGAGGAAACAGACAUUCCUAACCUUCCCUACAUUCAAGCAAUAGUAAAAGAAUCAUUAAGGCUGCACCCCACUGGUCCCCUGUUUAGCAGAGAAUCAAGCGAGGAAUGCACCAUCAAAUGCUACAAAAUUCCAGCAAAAACCAAGCUCAUUGUUAAUAUAUGGUCAAUUAAUAGAGACCCAAACCACUGGGAAAACCCACUGGAGUUUAGGCCAGAGAGAUUUAUAAAUGAAGAAUGGAAUGAAAAGAAACAGUUCAUGGACGUGAGAGGACAGUGUUUUAGUCUAUUGCCUUUUGGGGCUGGAAGAAGAAGCUGUCCCGGCUCAUUUCUAGCAUUACAGGUUAUGAUGACGACCCUUGGUGCAAUGGUUCAGUGCUUUGAAUGGAAGGUUAAUGGGGAUGGUGAGAAUGAGACUGUUGACAUGGAAGAGGCACCUGGAUUAUCACUUAAGAGGGUUCACCCCUUAAUCUGUGUUCCCGUUGCAAGGCUCAGUCCAAUCCCCUUAGUGUGUAGUCAGGCAAACCCAAUGUGAAUAAAAAGAUCCCAAAUAAACAAAUAAAAAUCAACUGUAUUCUCAGGUGGUAGAUGAAUUAAAAUCUUCCAUUACUUAACGAGAAAACUAUCGGCUCGCACUCAUAUGCAACACUAAUCUUACUUUUAGCUAUUACACAAAAGAUAUACAUUUGUUUGCAAUACUAAUCUGGAUAAGUUUGGACAAAAGAACAAAUAUCUGGAAUAAGUGCAACUAUUGUUUUCACAUGCAUUGACCAGAUCACUCAAUAUGAAUACAUUGAAAAGUUUGGCCUCCCUAAAAUGAAUGCUGAGGGAUCGGUAAGUCUCAUCAUUUCACAUCACUCAAUAUGAAACUAGACAAUUUUGUAUUAUUAUCUUGAACUUAUCAAUAAGUUAGGACAAAAAUCAAACACUAGUUUUGACUUUUAGAUUAACCCUUGGGCAAUUGGAUAAUAUCUCAACAUUCUUUUUGAACGAAUUACUUGGCCAAAGAGUUUGGGGCUUGAUACUGUCAAUAUUAAUCAUAACUAAACCUUUCAUGGAAGAAAAUGGUUUUGCAAUUUGGAAUGAGCUAUAAUGGCUCAACAAAAAUAAACCCAAUUGAAAAGGAAUCAAGCCAUUCAAGAAGCUAACAUGCAAGAAAAGACAAAUGACUCUUUUGACGCAUGUAUCUUACAUAAAUGGACAUCUAAACAACUGAAUAAAUAAAAAUGAUUUAGGGCCAGAAAGCAAAGUGUAUGUAUAUAUAAUACACACAUAUAUGGAUAUCUAUAUAUAAUUCAGAGUAGAGAAGAAAAGACAGAGACAGAAAUAUAUGAGAAAUGAUGAAUUCAAUAUUUCCUGCAAUUAUUGUUAGUCGUAAGCCCAGUGCACUGACCAAAUUGAUAUUAUUUUACACCGUAUGAUGUAUGUGUGUCUGUGUUUAUAAAAGAAUUGAUGUU